GCUAGAACUAUAAUAAUAAUAAUAAUAAUAAUAAUAAGAAUAUACAUCAUAAAAAAGAAAAGGCAACGGUGACGAAAACGGGAGACGAAACGGAGCUGCGCACAGGCUAUACGAAAAGUUUUUUUUUUUUAUUUGAAAAAAAAAAACGGCAAAAGCCGUGGGCUAAGCGAUAGACAUACAGCAGAGAGCAGAGAGAGGCAAAGACAGCGUCCAAGCGGUCAGUAGCAGCAACAGCAACAGCAACGCUGCGCCACUCACUCAUCCAAUCUCCAAUAGCACAACUGCAUCCACAUUGAGCCAGAAUCAUGUCGAACGGCAAGGCGACGGCUUCGUUCUUUGAGAAUGGGAGCACCUCACAGUUCGAGUACUGCUAUCAGCUGUAUCCGCAGGUGCUGAAAAUGAAGGCGGAGAAGCGCAGCAAGAAGCCACAGGAGCUGAUCCGUUUGGAUCAAUGGUAUCAGAACGAGCUGCCCGGCCUGAUCAAGGCGCGAGGGAAGGAUGCGCAUUUGGUAUACGAUGAGCUUGUUCAGGCCAUGAAAUGGAAACAGUCGCGCGGCAAAUUCUAUCCACAAUUGUCGUAUCUGGUCAAGGUGAAUACACCGCGCGCCGUCAUCCAGGAGACUAAGAAGGCCUUCCGCAAGCUACCCAAUCUGGAGCAGGCGAUCACAGCUUUAUCGAACCUCAAGGGUGUCGGCACCACAAUGGCAUCCGCCCUACUGACAGCCGCCGCACCCGAUUCCGCGCCAUUCAUGGCCGACGAGUGCCUGAUGGCCAUACCAGAGAUCGAGGGCAUCGACUAUACGACCAAGGAAUACCUCAAUUUCGUGCAGCACAUUCAGGCCACAGUCGAGCGACUCAAUGCGGAGGUUGGCGGCGAUACGCCGCACUGGUCACCGCAUCGCGUCGAGCUCGCCCUCUGGGCGCACUAUGUGGCCAACGACCUCAGUCCCGAGCUGCUCGAAGAUAUGCCCCCGCCAGGCGCCGCUGCCGCCGCCGCCGCCAACACAAAUGGCAGCCUCAGCAAGACGAACAGCAGCAGCAGCAAGGUCCUCGACGGCGAGGAGGACACCAACGAUGGCGUGGCCGUCGAUGUCGAUGAGGAGAGCCUCGGCGCAGGCGGUCGCAACACUGCAACAGAGUCGGAAACGGAGAACGAGAACACCAAUCCGUUGGCCCUGACGCCGCUGGGCAACUCCGGCGUGGCCAAGAACAACAACAGCAACAGUAACAGCAGUAACAGCAACAACAGCAACAACAACAACAACAGUAACAACAACAACACUGCCGCCGCAUUGCAGGACGGCGACUCGAACUUUGUGUCGAACGAUUCCACCUCACAGGAGCCGAACAUUGAUGACAACACCACGCAGACCACGGCCACCACAUCCACGGAGGAUGGUGAUGGGCCGAUGGGCGUGGCAACGCCGCUCGCCUCCGACUCGGAAAGUAAUCUCGAGGCGCCGCUCAAAAGUCGCCUGGCAGCAGCUGGACCAGCAGCACAAGCAGCCGGCGGAGCAGCAGCAGCAGCAGCUGGACCAGGAGCAGGAGCAGCAGGAGCACCUGUUGCCCCGUCGCACAACAACAACAAGCAGAUCAACAACAAUGGACAAAGCGUUGCGCAGCCAACAGCAGCUGCAGCUGCAGCCUCAGCAGCUCCAACUGCUGCCGCCAAUGGCAACGGGAAUGGGAAUGGGAACGGGAAUGGAGUUCUUGCGGCAGCGGCAGCGGCAGCAGCUGAUGUUGAUGAUGAUGACGAUGAGGAGGAUGAUGAUGAGGAGGAGGACGAGGAUGAUGAUGAUGUUGAGGACGAUGAUGAGCUAGAGGCUGAUGAGAGCAACAGCAGCGGCAGCAAUUUGCGUGCCAGCAAACUGCAGCAUUUGGCAGCUGCCGCUGCGGCCGCGACGACAGAAGCGACAGCGCUGACAGCGCCAUCUAUUGGACAGAAGCGCACCGCUCUCCACUGUGAGUUAGAUGGGAAUAAUGCGUCUGCUGCCGCUGCCGCUGCUGCUGCAGGCGACAAAUCGCCAGAGCUGAAGAAACUGCGCAGCGACUGAGCAGCAGCAGCAGUACCGUUAGGCCGCACGCAUAUCUGCGUAUCUGGUGGAAAGACAUAUGUAUGUAGUGCAGUUGGGUCCGACAUUUGAGAGCAACAUUACCUACACUUUGCCACAACAACAUUCAAGAAAUUUUACUAUUAAGCAAAACUAAUUAUACAUAUAAUAUAUAAUAUAUAUAUACAACAAAGAAAACAUAGAGAGAAACACAUAACGAGAAGAGCAGUACACACACACACACACACACACAUACACACAACGAGAGCAUAACAUAGAAGGAGAACGAGAAGCAGCACAGCAGCAGCACAUAACAUAACAUAGGCUUAACAGCAAAAGAAGAAAAAGAAAAAACAUAAAAAAAAAAACAAAAAAACAAGAAAAAGGAGAACCCAUAAAAGAGAUACAUUUCACUAACACACCACACACAACACAUGCACACACACACACACUCAACACUCACACGUUACUUAGGAACAUAGUGCGGGCGCGAAUUAGAUGAAGUUUAAGUUGAAAUUGAGGAUUAAGCGAGGAGAAGGUUGAAUUGAAAGAUGACGACAAUUGAUAAAUGAUAUAAAGAGAAAUAGCCAUACGGAGUCCCCAAUUGCAGCAGCGAUAACAUAAAUGAUAUGUGAAAGAAAAAAAACAAGAAAAACAAAAAAAAAACAAAAUACAAAAUACAAAAUACAAAAUACAUAGUAACUAUUGAAUCAGAAACAAAUUGAUAUUUUUACACAGUCAAAUGAAAUGAGAAACAAAUGAUGAAAAUUUACAAAUGCCGCAGUUGCCCACUACAUACAAGAAACGGAUGAAAAAAA